CUUCACUGCUUGCCAACGACCAACUACACGGUGCGUUGACUUUUUGCACUCGAAAUAGCAGAGUACAGUGAAUACUGUUCUUUUUGUCGCAGUUCCUAGCUUUAUUCGUUCGUUACAAACGAACACUUUCUGCUGAAUUUUUUAUUCUCCUUCUUGGACUACCGUUAGUCCUUUCUCCAGUCGGACAUUCUAUUUUAUUAGUCCAUUAAUUUUCAGGCUGGACAACUUUCAUUAGUUAUCGGUUUUAAAGACACCCAAGGUCUGUCUGUGCCUGCGCUUAAGGAUAAGUUAACGAAGAGUCAAUUGCCUGGCUCACUUAGUCUUAAGUCUCUCAGUUUGAAACAAGUCAAACUGCUAUAAAUAGGGGCACACACACACACUCAAUUCUCGUUUUACUUUUACGUUUUGCCGGUAUCGAGUAUUACUCCUUCGUCACCAUGUCUCAAUUUACACGUCUCUCGAUGUUUUCCCAGUGUCAUAAGCACUUGGCACAGCCCGCUAUCCGGAAAGCAGUCGCUCGUUCAACUCACCCAGCUGCAAGAGUGGUUCGGUCAUACGCUACGGCUCCUGUGGAAAACGACCAGUUCCUUUCUGGAGCCACUGCCAACUAUGUGGAUCAAAUGUACGAUGCGUGGAAACGUGAUCCUACAAGCGUCCAUGUCUCUUGGCAAGCUUACUUUAAGAACAUGGAAAAUGGAUCUGUGCCUGCUGCCCAGGCCUUUCAGCCUCCACCUUCCAUUGCUACCAUGCAUGAUAUCAAUGCCAUUAACGCGGCAUUGAGUCCAAAAGUGAAUGGGUCUGCUGAGUCAAGUAGCUCAUAUAUUGCUGAUCACCUCAAAGUUCAGCUUUUAGUGCGUGCCUACCAGUCUCGUGGACAUUUGAUGGCUCGACUCGAUCCUCUGGGUAUCAACAUCCCCAAAACCCGUCCCUCCGAACUUACUUUGGAGCAUUAUGGAUUUUCUAAGAAAGAUUUAGAGCGUGAGUUUACUUUGGGUCCCGGUAUUCUUCCUCGCUUUUGCCGCAAUGGUCGCGAUACUCUGAAACUUAAGGAUAUUAUUCACGAGUGUGAGCGUAUUUACUGCGGCAGCUUUGCUCUUGAGUACAUUCACAUUGCCUCUCGUGAAAAAUGUAACUGGCUGCGCGAACGCGUGGAAAUCCCUUCUCCUUACAGUUACACGGUGGAAGAAAAGAAAAUGAUUUUUGACCGCUUAACUUGGUCUGAUUCAUUCGAGCGCUUCUUGGCACAAAAAUUUCCUAAUGACAAACGUUUUGGUCUUGAAGGCUGUGAAGCCCUGGUUCCCGGUAUGAAGGCGCUUAUCGACCGCUCUGUCGAUCAGGGUAUCUCAAACAUCGUCAUCGGUAUGCCUCAUCGUGGUCGUUUGAAUGUUCUGCACAACGUCGUCCGUAAACCAGCACAGGCUAUCUUCUCCGAAUUCAGAGGUACUCAAGAUCCUGAGGAUGAGGGUUCUGGUGAUGUAAAGUAUCAUUUGGGUAUGAACUACGAGCGUCCUACUCCCUCUGGCAAGCGUGUGAACCUGUCCCUUGUCGCAAACCCGUCGCACUUGGAGGCAGAGGAUCCUGUUGUUAUGGGCAAGGUUCGUGCUUUACAGCACUACACCAGUGAUGAGGCUUCCCAUGAGCAAUCGAUGGGUGUUUUGCUUCAUGGUGAUGCUGCCUUUGCUGCCCAGGGUGUUGUUUACGAGACUCUCGGUCUUAACGCUCUUCCUGGCUACAGCACCGGUGGUACUAUCCACAUCAUCGUGAACAACCAGAUUGGUUUCACCACUGAUCCCCGUUUCGCUCGUUCUACUCCUUAUUGUACAGACAUUGCCAAGACGAUUGGGGCACCCAUUUUCCAUGUAAACGGCGACGACACUGAGGCCGUCACCUUUGUUUGUCAAUUGGCCGCCGACUGGCGUAAGACGUUCAAGUCCGACUGUAUUAUUGAUAUCAUUUGCUAUCGUCGUCAUGGACAUAAUGAAACGGAUCAACCUUUGUUCACGCAGCCUCGUAUGUAUAAAACGAUCGCCAAGCACCCUUCUACCUACAAAAUCUACAGUGAGCAAUUGGUCGAAGAAAAGACACUGUCCAAGCAGGAUAUUGAGGCCCAUCAGAAGAAGGUUUGGGAUAUUCUUCAACAAUCUUUUGAGAGUUCCAAGGAUUACAAGGUCGACCAUACCGAGUGGCUCUCUAAUCCUUGGUUCGGUUUUGCUUCUCCUAAGGACUUAAUGACUAAGAUUCUUCCUUCCUACCCAACGGGUGUCUCGGUUGACACUCUUAAGCGUGUCGGUCGCUCCUUGUACACAUUGCCCGAGGGCUUUGAUGUGCAUCGCAAUUUGCGCCGUAUCUUAAACAACCGUCUUAAAUCCGUUGAAAAUGGUAAGGAAAUUGACAUGCCAACUGCCGAGGCCCUUGCUUUUGCUACAUUGCUGGAGGAGGGACAUCAUGUACGAGUUAGUGGACAAGAUGUUGAGCGUGGUACGUUCUCACAGAGACACGACGUUCUUCAUGAUCAAACGAAUGAGAGCAUUUACAUUCCUCUGAACUACAUCAGCCCUCGCCAAGCCAGUUUUGUUAUCCGUAACUCCUCACUUUCUGAAUUUGGUGUCCUCGGUUUCGAGUAUGGCUAUUCGCUUUCCUCUCCUAAUGCUUUGGUUGUUUGGGAAGCCCAGUUUGGUGACUUUGCCAACAACGCUCAGUGUAUCAUCGACCAAUUCAUUGCUGCUGGUGAAACAAAGUGGCUGCAGCGUAGCGGUAUCGUGUUAUCUUUGCCUCACGGUUACGAUGGCCAAGGCCCUGAGCAUUCUUCUGCUCGUAUUGAGAGAUACUUGCAACUUUGUAACGAGGAUCCCCGUGAGUUCCCUUCUGAAGAAAAACUGCAACGCCAGCACCAAGACUGCAACUUGCAGGCUAUUUAUGUCACGAAACCACAUCAGUACUUCCACGCUCUUCGCAGAAACAUCCACCGUCAAUUCCGUAAGCCUUUGAUUGUUUUCUUCUCAAAGGCUCUUCUCCGUCAUCCUCUCGCUCGUUCCACCCUUGAAGAUUUUGAUGAAAACCGUGCAUUCUCUCUCAUUUUGGAAGAAACUGAGCACGGAAAGAGUAUUAAGGCUCCAGAAGAGAUUAAGCGUUUGGUUGUUUGCAGCGGUCAAGUUUGGGUGAGCCUGCUUAAGGCUCGUGAGGAUGCUAAGAUUGAUGACAUUGCGUUUACCCGUAUUGAACAACUUCACCCGUUCGGUUGGAAGCAAUUUGCCGAGAAUUUACAAAAGUACCCCAACUUGCAAGAGAUUGUUUGGUGUCAAGAGGAGCCACUUAAUGCUGGAGCUUGGUCGUUUAUGGAGCCUCGCAUCUUGACUACUCUUCGCCAUCUUGGUCGCGACAUUCCUUUGCGUUAUGCCGGACGUCCUCCUUCUGCUAGUGUGGCUACAGGCAAUAAGCAACAGCAUUUGGCUGAAUUGGAGCAGUUCUUGAACGCGGCUCUGAAGUAGACUCUCCCAAAAGAUGACAUCCGUUUUUUAUUUUUUUUUUUUUGGAAGAAAGUCUAUCUGUUUGUGAACCUCUGUCGCCGAUUAGCUGCUGGUAUCCGAUGUCAUUCUUUUCCUUUUGUUGAUCUUUACUUUUGUUCUUCACGCACGCGGGAAUUCUGUUCCACUUUUUUUUAUACUUUGCACAAUCAUGUCGACGCUUUCCCUAUUGACAUAGAGAGAUAGCAGUUUUUUUAAACUUUAAUGAUGCUACUAGUAACUUUCGAAUAUUUGCUCUAACGAUAUCGAGUCAAUAAAACUAGCUAAAGUCUAAGGCAAGUUGCGCAGCAACGCCGUUUUCCAAAUCUUCUAUCUCUAGAACAACCUCAUCAUCGUCGCCAGUCAUCAUUUUUUCCUUCUUAUCUUCAUACGCCCGACUGUUGUAGCAUGUUAGAUACUUGU